GAUAUUUUCCUAACCUAUUUGUCAUGUCAAAAAGAAAGCUAGUUUUGUUUACAAUAAUAUUUUGUAAACUAUUAAACCCCAAACAAUAUACAGAAACUUACCAUGGAUCUUUAAUGCUAAAGACUUGACGAAACUUCCUCAGGAACAAUGUUUUAAAGUAGUCUUUUAAUAGAGUUACAGUGAGAUGGUGUAGGAUCAGGUCAAGUUAACUUUCAAAAUUUUGAAAAAUGAUUGAUAUUCAAAUAUCACAUUUGAUGAUCUUAUCUAGAAAUAAACAACUACUAGAGAAAAAAUGUUAAACUCAGUCAAAAAAUACCCUCAUCCAGUGAUCAAAUACAUAUCUAGAGAGCAAUGGGGGGCAAGACCACCUAAAACACCUCCAGAAAAUCUCAAAAUACCUGUUCUGACGCUUCACGUAUAUGAUACCAGGACCAAAGACUGUAAAACAAAAGAGGAAUGCAUGAAAACCGUUCAAGAUCUUCAGAACGAGUACAUGUUUUAUCGCGGAUUCGAUGACAUACCUUGGAACUUCCUCAUAGGAAAAGAUGGGAACAUUUAUGAGGGUAGAGGAUUCAAGGUCAAACCAAUAAAAACUGACCUUGAUCAUCCAAGACAGAAGAAAUGGGAUGGCAAGAGUAUCGAUGUAGCCUAUAUUGGAGACUAUAGAAAAAAAAGCGCGAGCCUAAAAAUGUCCGUUCCUCUGACAGGACUGAUCGUAGAAACAGACCGUCUCGGAGUUAUGGUUACUUACUUCAAACUCGUCAUGUUUGUAAAGAAAGCUAGAGACUGGAAAACAAGAUUUAUUGAAUCCGAGUUUCCAGAAGAAUUACGUUAAAACACUUAAAAGUAUAUUUGCAGUCUAAGCGAGUUGAAGGAGUAAUCCGAAAUUGAAAGUUAAAUUAGCAUGUGACUACUUAUACUUCAUUCUGGAUGAUAAAAAACAUAUAACUUUUGGAAGAUCUAAACUUGAGGACUUUACUAUGACACCCGAAAAGAAUUUGGUGGAAGAUUAGAAGAUUUGAAAUUUGCAUUAUUGAUAUAAGAGAACGUGAAACUAUAAACAUAUGGAACUAUAAACAUUGUAGUAUAAAAAGCAAACAGAUUCUUCUUUUUUUUGGUUUAUGACCUACUGUGAACUACUGUUGAAGCCGAAAUAGAUAAGUGGGGAAGUAUACUACAAAAAAUAACACUGAUCAAUAAAUUGCCCACAAAAUAA